AUGGACGUGCAACCCCAGGAAGCUUCCCUGACGGUUAACGAGCAAGUCAUUGUGAUGUCGAGUCACGAGACGAUCCGAGUGCUGGAGGUGGGAGUGGACGCCCCACUUCCAGCAGAGGAUGAUGGGAAAGCUUUGGAAGCAACAGCUGGAGAAGUCGCAAGCAGCUGCCCUGUGGAAACAAGUGAACCAGGAAGAGAAGACGUGCAGCCAAACCUGGAGACCACUUGUGGAGGGACAACUGGCGAAGUGAAGUCAUUGCCUGGAAUGGCUCCCACCAGCGUCUCGUCCGUCACCACCUUCAACCCAGCAACGAGCCAGCUAUCCCAAACCCUAGCUCCCUUGGCCGUGCAAGCUGCGCCACAGGUCUUGACUCAGGAAAACUUAGCAACAGUUGUGACAGGAGUAAUGGUUCCAGCAGGGGCAGUUACUCAACCUCUUCUUAUCCCCAUCAGUAUUGCAGGUCAAGUGGCUGGUCAGCAGGGGCUGGCCGUGUGGACAUUUCCUACAGCAACGGUCGCUGCCCUUCCCGGACUGACGGCUGCUUCUCCUACAGGGGGAAUUUUCAAACCACCUAUAGCCAACUUGCAAGCAGCUGCGGUCCUGAACACGGCAAUGCCAGCCCCAAUGCAGCCUGCCCAGCCGCUGCAGGCUCCGCCGACGGUCCAGCCGCGGCCCUCCGUCCAAACGCAGGCCGUGUUCCAGCCGCAGCCCUCGCUCCAGAGCCCGCCGGCCAUCCUGCCCCAGCCCGCCGCCCCGCCGCCACCCGUGGCAAAGCCGUUGGAGACGCAGACGCAAAUCACAGUCCAGCCUGCGGGAUUUGCCUUUAACCCUGGCAUAAUCAGCGCAGCUUCUCUGGGGGGCCAAACCCAGCUCCUCAGCUCCCUGGCCGCCGCCCCGGUGAUCGCGAACACCAUUCCCAGCGUCCAAGGGAUAACGAGCCAGAUCCUGACCAACGCCCAGGGACAGGUCAUUGGGACGCUGCCCUGGGUGGUGAACCCGGCUGGGAUCACGACGGCCAAUGCCACCCCAGCUGUUUUGCCGGCCCAGAACCUGCAGGUGCAGGCGGUGACCCCGCAGCUGCUGCUGAACGCCCAAGGGCAGGUCAUCGCUACGUUAGCCAGCAGCGCCCUCCAGACAGCGGCCAUCCGGAAACCCAGCGCCCCAGAGUCCCCAGCAAAGAAUGAGGUUCAGCCAAUCCAGCCUGCCCCUGCUCUGCCCCAGCCAGCCGUGGUCAUCGCAAACCCAGCCCCUGCCGCUAAGCCCUCUUCCGCGCCCGUUCCCAUCACUUGCUCGGAGACCCCGACAGUGAGCCAGCUGGUUUCCAAGCCUCAAACUCCAAAUACGGGCAUUGAGGAGGAUGGAAUCAACCUGGAGGAGAUUCGGGAGUUUGCCAAGAACUUUAAGAUCCGACGUCUGUCUCUGGGCCUGACGCAGACACAGGUGGGUCAAGCUUUGACGGCUACGGAAGGACCAGCUUACAGCCAGUCUGCCAUCUGCAGGUUCGAGAAGCUGGACAUCACCCCCAAGAGCGCCCAGAAGCUGAAGCCCGUGCUGGAGAAGUGGCUGAGCGAGGCCGAGCUGCGGAACCAGGAAGGGCAGCAGAACCUGAUGGAGUUCGUGGGCGGCGAGCCCUCCAAGAAACGCAAGCGCCGCACCUCCUUCACGCCCCAGGCCAUCGAGGCCCUCAACGCCUACUUCGAGAAGAACGCCCUGCCCACCGGCCAGGAGAUCACCGAGAUCGCCAAGGAGCUCAACUACGACCGCGAGGUCGUCCGGGUCUGGUUCUGCAACCGCCGACAGACGCUCAAAAACACUAGCAAACUCAACGUCUUUCAGAUCCCCUAG